AUGGGUAAUCUGGACAUCAUCAGAAAGAAAGGGAAGUUGAGUCCCUCCGAUGUGAUCUUUCUGGGGAAGGGAAUUGUGAAUAUUCUCCUCCAGUGUGUGCUGAGUCUACAGGGAAUGCUCUUUGUCUUUGCUCCGGAAGUCGUAUACAUUAGAGGAGUAUAUAUAUUCUUUAGAGCAUCAACUUACUUCCUAAAUUAUUACAACUACUGGUUGACCGCCUGGCUCUCGGCUCAUUACUGUACCAGCAUCACCAAUCUCAGCUAUGGGUUCUUCUUCUGGAUAAAGAGAAUUGUGUCCAAUUUCCUGAGUCACCUUCUAUUCCUGACAGCACUUGGGAUGUUCAUUAUAAAUGUCCUGAUCAUCUGGACUUUGAAUGUAGACAGUACUUUCCAGUCUUCUGAGAACAGCACGGUUAAAACCUCUUCUACCAGUCCUUUUUACCAGAUCAGUUUUCCUUAUUUUCUGCCCAUGACCAUCCUAGGCAUCGUUCUUCCAUUCUGCCUUAGUCUUCUGUGUCUGGUCCUCACUUUCUCCUUUCUGCUCAGACACGUCUGGAGGGUGAAGAAUAACGACUUGGGAUCAACACGUCCAAAUCUUCAGGCUCAUGUCACGGCACUGAGGACAAUCUUCUUCUUACUUCUCAUGUUCACCUCCUUCUUUAUUAAUCGUUUGAUGUAUUUUAUUGGAAGACCCACAACGCAGACAGACCCAAUAGCUAUGGCCUGUUGGGCUUUUCUGUCAUCAUCUCCAUUGGUCGAGGCUGCCAUCAUCUUCCAGGCCAGCAACAAGCUGAGAAGGAUCAUUCUGAGAAGAUUCUGGACCAGAAGCCGGAGGAACACAGAGACUUAA